UGGCUGUCAGUCGGUUCAGUGCGUGUGUUCUUCAAUAAUUAUUAUUCUCGAUUCUGAUUCUCGUUGUCCCUUCCCGUAUCGAGUUUUUGCUACGCGAUUCCUGCUGAUAACUGCUGUCCUCGUCGGUAUCGCUCGUAGAUCCAUCGGAUGUUAUUAUUUAUUGAUAAAUAUUCAUUCACUGGCGUAAUCAUAUUUGGAUUUUCGGGUGGUGAGAUAUUUUGCUCGCAAAAAAUGUGACGUUGCCGUGUUUUGUACAAAAAGUGGAAGAUAUUUUUGAAAAAAAUUAUCUCGCCAUCACGACCAGCGAAGUGCGAUGUAACUUGUGGCCUCGGUGAUUCUGUUGUACAGUGUCUCGUCAAUAUUUGUGCAACCAGCAGUUUGACGGAGGGAAUCCUGUUCAAAUCACAGAAAAAGAGUAUCAAAUUUUGAUGUUAGUUCAGAAUGUGAUUGUGCAAAUCUAGUUGGAGUAAUCUAAAACCAAAUAAGAUAGUGUGAAUAGUUUAGUGCUACUCCCUACCUAAAGAGUGAAGUGGAUUAUUAGAAAUGUCUCAGCCGAACCAUUUCCAGCCAUGGAAACAGAAUCGUCCUCCCGGAAUGUCUUUACCGAGUCCAGUCGCCAGCAACAGUCAUGGAAAAUUACCUGCAGUAGUCCAUCAGGCUAUGCAAUCAAUCCAGCAGCAGCAACAACAACAGCAACCAUCUGCAAUUCUACACAAUCAUCGUGGCCCCAUCGGUCUUCCAUCCCCGGUGGUCCAAACGGCAGCAGCAUCCUCUUCGUCGUCAGCGGUUUCAUCGUCCACGACCGGUUCAGGUGGAAUCGGUGAUUUUCUCUCCCAGCUGGGGGCUGAUAAGAUGAUGCUUAGCAAGCUGAGCGCCAGCUACGGGCUGGCGAAUUUUACGACCGGAAUGAUGUUGAACCAGGAUCAGUCGUCAGCCGGGCAGCAACAUAUGCAGCUGCAAGGGCAGCAUCUCUCGACGGGGGACGAGUGUACCAGUGACAAGGAGCGGGACUUUCGGAUUCAACAGAUUUUUGAAAAUGCUAUCGGUGACAACUCCAAAAAACAAAUUGUUGAUAUACUAGAGAAGAUUUCUGUUCUUCGACCACCAGAACGUUUACUCCUGUACCUGCGUAUGCCCGGCGGCUAUCCUGAAACAGAUCCCCUAAGACAGUCUCAGAACCCGCUGGGAACCCGUUCCGAGAUUAACCACACCAUCAAUUGGGUCCGCUCGCACCUGGAACAUGAUCCAAAUGUGUCUAUCCCGAAGCAGGAAGUGUAUGAAGAUUACACAUCUUACUGCGAGCGAAUCGACAUCAAACCACUGUCGACGGCAGAUUUCGGCAAAGUAAUGAAGCAAGUGUUCCCCGGGAUACGUCCCCGGAGACUGGGAACACGCGGUCACUCCCGAUACUGUUAUGCGGCAAUGCGUAAAGCGACCAAACUGGCAGCACCAAAACUGCCCGAUCUCAUCACCGGUAGCAUUGGAGAGGUACGUUAGUUGUUCGGAAAUCCAUUUGCACUAUAAAUAUCUUACAUUUUCAAUUAAUCGCAGAAAAUCGAACCGGAUAAUCAGGUACCCAGUGACGAAGAAGCAUGGAAAGUGAUAAAGAUAUGGGCCGAAGCUAUGCUUCCCAGCUCGUUUGGAUCGAUCAACGAGCUGGCCGGAUUCAUCACAAAGAACAAUCUCAACUCACCGGCCAGCAUCGCCAGUCGACAGUUGCUGCAGAAGAAACUCCUGCAGCGUGAGAUUAAGGAGAGGAAGAAGCUCAACGCUGCAGCUCUCAAGAAACGCCGAAGGAAACGCCGCAAGACUCUUUCGACCAGCAUCGACUCUGAAGUUGGUCCACCCGAACCAAUGCCGAAGACGUUUUCUCAGUCAUCUAAGCUCCCAGCAUCACACGUUAGCAGCAACACACCGCAAACCUCGAGUACAAAUACCUCCUCUGCUGCAAGUGCCACUGUUCCGCUGCCACCCGCAGCACCACCCACAGCGGAUUUACUCCAGCAAAUUAUUAAACGUGAGCGGCAGGAAUUUACCGAUGAAGAUAACAACAACACGUCCAUCGGUAAACCCUGCGAACUGCAGACCCAACAGCUAGAACCGCUUCACUUGCAGCAACAGCCGCUCCAUCAAAGUACAAAUCUCAACUGUGAUACUAGCAACAGUGUCUUAACUACCACAACGAACAGUGCAGCAGUCGCUGCGGGGCGGGAGAUGCGAAGUCCCGCCGAAGAGUACACCAUCUUCUGCAAGAAGGUACGUCAGGCGCAGCAGCUAAAGGCGGCAGCUCAGAAUCAAGCACUGCAAGUGCUUCCGAGUCCGCUCAGACCACCGAGUGCAGCGGCAAAACGUGCCGCCUCAAUAGCGCAUUUAACGCGACAGAAACGUUUCCGGAUGCUGCAACAACAGCAGCAGCGAGCGAUCGAAGCGCAGAACAAUUCUGCCCCGCGGUACGAUGAGUUGGGUAAUUUGAUAUUGAUCGAGUCGCAGGAUUUGGUAACAAGCAGCAAGGAGGAUUUUAUUAUUCCGAGAGAACGGGUCAUUAGCAUUUGCAACAUGGACAAGAAUGCGUUGGACGAUUAUUUGAACUGCGAGGAGGAGAAUUCGCAGGAUCAAGAUCAGGAGUUGUUGCAGUACUUUCCAGAGGAAAGUCAGGCUGGUUCGAUAGGCGCUUUGGCAGCCUCUGCGGGGAAUAAUCCUGGCUCUGGCGGGUACGGCGGAAUAUUUGAGGAUAGCGACACGAACAUGAAAUUGUCGCAGCUCAGGAGCAUGUUAGAGCAGAAUAUGGGCGGCCAAAGUGGAAUGGACAAACCACAGGUAGGUGGACAGCUUGAAGGUUUCGAUGGAACGGUUAUUGGUCAGCAGAUUGGUUUACAACCUGGAUCCGCAGCAGCAUCCCUUGCGUUGCUAUCCCAGCGGCACCAUGGAACUGGUAUUAAUAAUUUAGACGCUACCACUUGUAGUAGUACAGAUGGAAAGAAGAAUCCUAAUUCUGGCAUGAAAAUGACGCUCGAAAACUGUUUUAGCAAUUUGGGAAACGCAUCGGUUGGGUCGAUAAACAACAACGGAGUCCCUCUGCAAAGUCCUAACGGUCGUCGAAAGAACUACAAUUUCGUCCCCAUUUCCGCAGGUCCCCCGUCACCACGAAUACCGUUGACAAAGUCAACCAUUCGGAACGGUACUCCCAAUGCUAGUCCCUUCGUUAGUCCUCGAAACACACCAAUACACCGCAAAAACAAAGCAGCCAACAAUGGGCUUACCUUGAACAUUUUACAACAGAACCAACCGUCCGGACAGCUACCCGGAUUCCAACAGCGUCCUCCUUUUGUAAAAAAUGAACUGUCAGCAUCCGCUCCUCCGAGCCCAUCCCUGGCGCAGAACUACAGAUUCGGGAUAAACUCCAAUUCAUUGAAUUGUCCAAAUACCAUGCCUUCCUUUCAACCAAUCUGCGGGCCUUCCUCACACAUGCAAACUCAUCAAAGUAUAACUGGAUCGGUGGAAUCGCGCUCCAGCAGUGUUCCCUUGAUUCCCAAUUAUGACGGGUACAAUCAUUCCAAUUAUACUUCCGUAUCUCAAACCCCUGUUCCCUCAGAAUGCGACGAUUUCUCCGAUCCCAACAAUAUUCUGGACAUGUUAAAUGAACCAACCUCAUCCUCAAACAAUCUCCAGCAAUCGAUUAAGCUCGAAGAAUCCGAACCGAUAAUGUCCGACAUACUGGACAACGAUAUGUUCCAGAAAGCAUCAGUUUCCUACAACAACAUCUCGCGCUCAGUCCCAUCGACACCACAACCGCAUCAAAUGUCAUUCACUCACGGCAACACGAACUGUGGUUCUAGGCUUGGCUCCAAUGGUCUCUCCUCCAAAUCGCUAUUCGAACUUCCCAAAUCGGUACCCUCAACUCCCAUCACCCUAAACAACGGUCGCGAAGCUCUGUUCCAAUACAGUCCGGAAGCACCCCGCGAUUGUCUAAUCAAUGGCAACUCGGUAGAGCGAGGUGGCCAGAUGUCAUCGUUCUAUCAGAACCCAUCCGCCACUGCAAGCGGAUCAGGGGAUCAAACCGGAAGUGCCAACGAAAAUGCUGCUACCGCCCCACCCCCAUCGGCCGGCUCGGGGUCCGACAUGUCCGUACUGGGUGAAGGAAUUGAAAGCCUUACCGAUGCCCUAAUCGGAUCCGAUACGUUGCGAUACCUAUAAAGAAGCAGACUGGUAGGUACCCUAACAAAUUAUGGAAUACGCAAGUACGACUGAAUGUGUAAUUUUUCAAUCAAAGCAGCAAACGAAGAAGACAUUUGGUGAGCGAGAGCUUGGCUCUUCUGUGCUUCACAUCAGACAAGGAUGCAUUGAAACGAAGAAUAGUUUUUACGAUUAGGUUUCCUUCGUAAGAAAUUUUGUUAUUGGUGUUUCUUAGAAAUUAAUUCUGAAUGAGAGUAGGUUUACAGUCAGAAGGAAGUAAAAAAAACAUAAAAGUGCAAAUUAAUUUGUAAGUGUUGAUUUUAUAUACACGAUAGGCGUUUGAAAAGUACAGUGUAAUGAUGUUUUAUUUUAUUUUUUGUUCUAAUCAUGUUUGAAAAUUGUUUACUCUAUAAUCAGUAAUUGAAAAGCGAGAAUCAACAUAUAUAGGUUGAGCAGCAGAUAAGUGCGGUGAUAUAAGUUUGUCUAUUCCUUAACUUUAGGUUUUUGGGAAUGCAGUUUUGGAGGAUGUUGCAAAACUCCCUAGGGCAUGAAACAAAAACUAUUAACAAAAGAAAUUAUAUUUAACUUUUAACAGACUCUUUAAGUUAUUGUAAGUCAUUAAUAGACACAAAACUUAACAAACACGUAUAGUUAUUCAAAAUAAUCAUAAAAAUAUUCAUAUAAUGGAUGUGCCUAAUACCAUAUGAAAAACAUGGAUCUACAAA